AUGAAGAAGGAUACGGCGAAUCGAAAGUCUGAUACGGGCGCGAGCGGGGUGUCGGAGGGCCAAGAGGGAGGUGGGGGGAGGGGGCAUGGCCCUGACCCGGCCACGACGGGAGCCGUGCACAAUGCGAGUUGCGAGCGCCGCCCGUGCCCCGAAACGGACGGAGUACGGAUGCCGCAAACGACCUUCGGCCGCGCGUCCGCGAUGCCCUCCGCUCCGCCACUCGCUCCGCAGCCCGCCCUUCGGUGCACGCUUCACUUCCCUGGGGCUUACGCCGUCUCCAUUUAUAACGAAUACAAAAAAAAAAAACCAGCCAAA